AUGACGUCUGUCGAGUGGCCUGCAGUUUGGCAUUACUUUUUGACCAAUGGUUCUCCCUCAACCCUUGAGGAAGUCGCCGGAAAUGCGUCCAGAAAAUUCAGCAUCAGGUUGCCAUCCAAGCCACCCCAGGUCAAUGGCAAUGGCAACAGCAACAGCUCCAAGGAUGAAGGUGAGAAGAAGACUGGUGAUGGCGCGGAAGCCGAGGCAAAGGAAAAGGCGGCUGAGGCUGGCGCUCCGGCUCAAGAGGCUGUUCAAGAGGCUGAACAAGAGGCUGAAGCUGAGGAGGAAGAUGAUGAGCAGCUGGAUGAUUUCUCGUCCCUUCAACUUGUCAACACCUACCGGCUGCCAACUUUGGAUGAUGCCCUGGACGCUUCGCCAGAAGCGAAGGCGCUUGGGCUGUCAAAGAUUUCCGGCGCUUUCUUGCGACGGUUUGAGGUUGAGCUUGAGCGGGUGAUGUGGCACAUUUGGACCGACUUUUGCGAGGACGAAGAAACCUCAGUUUCUUUGGACCUGUCCAAAACAAACAAGACCGAAGCCAUCAUGGUCAAGUACCCAACAAGCUUGGGGUUGCAGCUUCCCUUUAGGGGGAAAGUGACCUGCAAUCCUUCAGGCGCAAAAGCGCCACGUCAUCUCUUGACCAAAGCUUUCGGAUUGAAUUUUUUCGUAGAACCACCCAGUGACAAUAUUUGCAUUCCGGCUUGGAGUGUGAAGACGACAUCGCGACAUGACCUCGCCUACUUUGAGCAAAUUGUCCGGAAGAUCGAAAUUGCAAUGUUGAUCCCACAACCUGUGCCCACCGCUUGCUUGGUGAACAAGGAUUCCAUGGAAGUUGACCCUGACAAAGUCGUGUUUGAGUUGAUUCCUUGCGUGCCAGAUCCACGUCCUGAUGAACCCAACAAGACUUUCCAGAGUCCGGUGUGGCGUCUUGAGGAUGACUUGAACAAGAUGAAGCCGGAAGAAGACUACAAGAAAACAAUGCUGACAGUAAAGGUAUCUUACCUGCGGCCCGUGACAGAUUUGAAUGCCAAGUUGGAGGAGGCAGGGUUUGGAUUCAUUCAGAUGGGACUUGAAGGUUCAGAAGCAAAGGGCAGAAAGGACUGCCAAAGCUUAUUGCAGAAGCAUCUCAAAGAAGCAAAGUCUGAAAUCGACAAGGAGGCGGUGCGCCCAACCACCAGCAGGGCGGCGAAGGCAAAAGCGAAAUCUGGCCAGGCUGGAAAGGGCAAGGCGCCGAAGACCAAAAAAAUUCUUGACAUGGAGCUGCCAGAGGACCCGGUGGAAAGAGCUGCCGUGUUGCAAAAGGCGAUCCAGGAUUCUGAGGAAAUGGAGGGCUUGGUCAAGCAAGUUGUGGGAUCUUGCAAACUUCCUGAGAAACUUGCCAUCACCAAGUUGGAGAAAGAUGCAGUCAGCCGCUCCCAACGGACAAAGGCCAUGCAAGAGCUACUCAAGCAAGCGCAGGCAAAAGCAGCGAAGAUGUCGAAGAAAGAGGCACCUGGCCCAGAUGAUGAACAAGAUUGUGACGAUGACGUGGUGUUCAAAUCCCAACUCGAAUCAUUGGCGUCAUUUGGGUGGAAAGGGGCUGUGAAGUGCGCUGAGGAACAAGGACUGCUUGCUCAUUAA